CGAUCGCUUAAUACCUUCUUCUCAUAAAAUUGUUAAAUUACAAGAGUUUUAUUUUCAUUAUAUUUUAUGAAAUUUGGUAUCUUGAAUUAAAUAAUUUAUGAUAGAAUGUACUCUAAAAAAGCAGAAAAUGUUCAAGAAUAUAUACUUAAUUUAAAAAAGGAAAUAGAGAGGAUAGAGGCGAAUCUUUAUCGUUUUCUCCGCAGUUCCGCACGUUUCUAUAUGCUCGAACAGUAAUGAUCUGCCUUGAGACGCAACAUUUUAAUCACAAUCGGACUCUCUUGCUCGCAAUCGGCUUAUGGCCAUAUCAGAAAUCAAAAUUAGUUCGACUUCAGAUAAUCUUGUUUUUCGGUAUUUUGAUAAGUUUUGUUAUAUUCCAGUUUACAGCGCUUAUAACCAGAAGAUGCACUGUUAAUUUUAUUAUCAAAGUUUUUUCUACCAUGAUAUUCUCUAGUUUGUACGUAAUUAUGUACAACAUGUUCUGGAUUAACAGUCAUCGUGUGAGAAAUUUGUUGGAGCAACUACAAUAUGUCUGUAAUGAGCUACAAGACGAAAACGAAUAUACUAUCAUUAAAAAGUGUGGAAAUAACACAAAAUUUUGUACACUUACAUGUACAGCGUUCGCCAUAUGCAGCACAUUUUUUGCUAUUUUGCUACCAAUUUGGCCACAGAUCCUCGGUACUGUUUUGCACAUAAACGAGUCUCGAAUACAGAGUCAGGCAAUACAUAUCACGACUGAAUAUUUUGUCGAUCAAAAUAAAUAUUUCUAUUUGAUUUUACUGCAUACAAACACAGUUAUUUGUAUUGGAGCAACUACGUUGACAGCAACGGGAACAAUGCUCAUAGGAUGCGCCAUACACGCCUGUGGAUUGUUUAGAAUUGCGAGUUAUCGUAUGGAGCAAAUAAUGACGACCAAAAUGUUUAAAAAUGUUAACCUGAAGGAUAGGGCUAUGAUUUAUAACAAAAAAAUAUUUUAUGCAAUCGAAAUACAUUGCAAGGCUAUAAAGUUUUGUGAAUUUUUAUCGUCUACUUUUAAAGGCUCUUUCUUCUUAUUAAUAAUAAUUUGUGUAAUAUCUUUAAGCCUGAAUAUUUAUGGAAUUUUUCAAAAUAUAUCGCUUGGAGAUAAAGAAGCAUUUUUAUUACACCUGUUACUUGCAUCUAUCAUUCUUUUAUAUAUGUUUGUACUUAACUAUGUCGGGCAAGAAAUUACAAAUUACAACAAUUACGUAUACUUCACAGCGUACAAUAGUCGGUGGUAUAAUGCCCCAUUACAGGCACAGAAGCUGAUACUCUUUAUAUUGUUAAAAGGUAGCCGAACUUACAAUCUCAAUAUCGGCGGAGUGAUUGUGGCAUCUUUGGAGUGUUUCGCUACGCUAACAAAAACAUCAAUGUCCUACUUCACCGUUAUGUAUUCUAUGGAGGAGUAAUGCGCAGAUAUAUUAUCUAUACAUACAUAUUGUUUAUGAUUUAGUUUUCGCGUUUGAAAGAAUAAAAUAUAUAAUAUCAACAAAUGUUGAAAAACGAAUUAAUAUAUCACCAUAAUGAUACUGAUUUUGUUUCCAGAUUGUUGCACUGCUUAUGAAAUAAUAAAGUCAAGAAUUCACGAUCAUUUCGUUUCCGAAAAUAGACAUCUAUUUAAUUAUUAUAUUAAGUAUAUUAUGUUAAGUAUAUUCAUAUAUAAUACGUCAUAUAUGUCUCGAGAAACCAUGCAACAUACAUGCACACACACAUAUAACGAAUGAAAUUUUAUAAUAUAUAGUUGGCCUCAAAUGUAUUCGGAAUUAGCAUUUGCAUAUUUAAACAAAUAUAGUCCAUGAUAUCUUAUAUAAUACUGUCGAGAAGAUAGUUUCUCUUGUAGCUAAUUGCCAACACACGUGAGACUUGUCGUGAUGUACGUCUCUAAAGUCAAGUGUUCGUUACGAGCGUAAACACGAGA